AUCCAUCGCACCAUAGACCCUAAGGCUCAUGCAAGGUACUUGCUGAACUAUCAUGACAGGCGGUUUCAGGAAGAUGAGUACUUUCUGUUCAUAGUGUUCAAUUACGAGCAAAUUGCCUCUUCUUCUCAAAGUGGGCAUGUGCUAGUGGAGCAACAAAAAGUCUCUGACUUGGCAGAGAAAAUACUUAGGAUGGAUUUAGAUGUCUUG